CAGGUGGAGAGGUUGAGGACGGUAAGUAUACUGGCACAUACAGGAAAGACCCAUCAGUCCAAACCCCAGAUCCCUAAUGGUCAAUAAUAUGUUACACUUGUAGGAAGGAAGGAAGGGCAUUUUGCCAGAGAUUGUAGGAGUAGUAGGACACAUAGUCAAUAUAGAUCCCCUAGACAGAAAACACAAGCCACAUUAUUAAACACAUAGCAGGACCAAGGGACAUAAAGUAAGGAAUCAUAAGCCAUAUAGAAAACACAGAUUCGGCUAAUGGGAAGAACAAAAUAAAUGCAACAUUACCCUUUGACAAAACUUGCUGGGGUUAAGAUGGGGCCUCUAAACUUUAACUUCUUUUUCCUAGCAGAAAUGGCCCCUGAUUAACUUAAUUUUGUUAGAUAUGAUAUACAUAUACUGUACUCCUGCUCAGGAAGUACAAAGUAUGUUAGACACCCACGAAGACUAAUGUCGCAUUCUACUGUUCUAGAUGCAUGUCCAUCACAGGUAGAGGAAAUUAUCUCACAGAUACCGGGUUCCCUAUGAACUUAGGAUGGACAGGACACUGGGUUGAUGGCUGGGAUAGUCCCAAUAGCGAUAUGAUAAACACAGAAUUUUUUUUAAGGGGAGUAGACCAAGUAGAGAAUCACUUCCCCGUAGUGCUCAAUCCAGUUGUCAAAUUUUUAUAAAAUCUUCUUCACCUCUACAAACUCAUCUGUCACCAACCUCUAUUCUGUUUCUCUACAGUUUCCUCUUCAUCUUUUGCGUUCACACAGAGUGGUACAAUACAUGGACCCAAGUACAGUUCAAACUCCACAUGCCCAGGUCCUUCAGAGUUCUGCCUGAACCCAGUAUAUCUCAACAGCACGAUAACACCAGUAUUACUGCAGUGUGCCUUGUCAUGCACAAAGGGUGGAGAAUGGGAAUACUGGUGAAGGGAAAUUUUGUAUAGACACUGAUAUGCCUGUUGGUGAAUGGCAAACCUGACAUUUUCUUUUUCAUUUUCUUCUUCUUUCUCUCCUCUAGAGAUGUUUUUUUUUCUUUUUUUUUUUCUUUUUUUUUCCGAGUUAUGCUCAUGGUACUCUACAUUGCAAACACACGAUAGUUAAAUUAAGAUACAAAAAUAUGUGUUCCCUACAGGAAAAGGCAGUCUGGAGGACAAAGGGGUAUGGCCAGGAGUCCUCAGGACUGUGGACAGGUAGACACGAACCUCAAUCGAAUCCAAACACCAGUGUACAAAGACGGCAGACCAAGUGACUACCAUCUGUGGGCGAUGUCUGGAAAAGAUGGACCGCCUUGUCCUCUAUUUGGCCAUGAAUAUCCCUACAGUAUUGCAUUGAACUGUCUCCAGGAAACAUUGGACAUUCCCAGUGGGAGCAACAAUAACCUUUUGUUACAGCAGAGAGCAGACAAUGUCCUUGAACAGUUCUCCCAGGAAAGAGUGUGCCAGUUCAUCAUUAAACUGAAGCCACAGGUUCCUUUUUACAUGAGGAGAGAAUCGACGCAGAAACAUUCCCGGAGGAAGAAGUCACUAAUAGACUGGGCUCUGCGACGCAGCGGAAGCACCACACUCAUGACACCAGCAUCCCAGUCACCUUUAACCCCUCACAAACUUUUUGGUCAUUCACUGUCAUCAAUCUGUCCAAAUGGAAAUCUGCCCAAACCCAUAAUGGACAUGCUUCUGCUAUUAUACGAAGAAGGACCCAACACCAGGGGUAUUUUCAGACGUUCAGCCAAUGCCAAAACUUGCAAGGAGCUUAAGGAGAAAUUAAUCUCUGGGGAUGAGGUUCAGAUGGAUGGAGAGUCUGUGUUUGUAGCAGCUGCAGUAAUUACGGAUUUUCUGCGCAAUAUUCCUGACAGUAUUCUAUCCUCAGACAUGUACGGACUAUGGAUGGAGGUUACAGAAAUGGGGAAACCUGAAUAUAAGAUAAAAGUCAUAAAAAGCCUGUUGGAGCAGCUUCCGGAAGCUAAUUACAUUUUGCUACAGCAUUUGUUUGCUGUACUGACUCACAUUGAGGAGAACUCUGAAGAGAAUCAGAUGACUGCUUCCAACCUUGCACUCUGCAUAGCUCCCACUAUGUUAUGGCUGCCCACUGUGAAUGACCCAGAAGAGGAGAGCAAGUCAACAAAAAAGGUGGCUCUUCUGAUACAGUUUCUGAUAGAGAAUUAUCAGCUUAUCUUUGGGCAAGAUGCUGAAUCUUUGUUUACCAAACACAAAAACCAAGACUCAGGAACCACUGAGGAAUUAACAGGCAUACAUAUGAUCCAGGGACAAGAUUCCUCUGAUGAGCUUGAAUUUGUGGCUUCAGAUUUGGACAAGUUAGAACUGAAAGAUGAAAAUGUUGUUUUUGAUGAGUCUUUGCUACUAGCGGAAAAUAAAGAUUGGGACCUCUUUAGUGAAAUAGCUGCCUGUUAUCAGAGCAAAACAAAUAUGGACAUCUUAGACUGUUAUAGCACUGACCCAUUGAACUGCUUAGAUUCUGCAUGUUGCCUCUGUCCAGCCAGAGACCGAUGCUCUUCAGAACCAAGUGUAUGUCUCAGUUCCAGGCUUCCUGCUGAGGACCAUGAACCAGUGGCCCGACAGUCUAGCUGUGAUGCCACCAUCAUACACAAUCAAUUUGAUUACAUAAAUAAACUAAAACAGCUGUGUCUGGAGAGUCAGAAGCUGCUAAACCACAAACUGGGUCCUAGCAUGAAAAACACUCAACGAGGCUAUUGGAAGUCUACCCAAGCUAAUACAAUAAUGAAGGAGAAGAGUCCACAAAAGCCAAGCCCUUCAAACAGAUCAAGCUUUUCAAGCCUGUCUUCCACUACCACCUCCCCCUCCAUCUCCUCCCUAAGUUCCUUGGACAGUGCUUUCUCUUAUUGCUCAGAGUCCUCAGUAUUUAGCCCCAGUGAGGUCACCUCUUUACCAUUUAUGUUCGGGACAUCAGCCAGAUUGCACACACUAUCCCCAGAAAUUACCAAAAAGAAAUUAAAAGAGUGGCAUAUACCUUUGUCAACACUUUUUGGUGGCAACUCUUGUGAUCUCGAAUCGUGGGAGAUGCAGUGGGAAUCAAAAGUGAAUGGCUGUGUAGGGGAGAAUGAUACAGCCACCAAUAAAGUCCCAGUUCAAAGUGGUAUCCAGAAUGUAUGUGUUGACAAGGAAUCAAGUCGCAACUGUAACUACUCUGUACAAGCCAAAGACAGUGGCACAUCUCCAAAGGAAUCAAGAGUUGAAGGAUACCAUGUCAGAACUGAAGCAGAUCUAGAAAAUGGGCAUUGUGUUCAUAAAGAAACCUCUGUCAAGCACAUUGAGAUUAGGAGACCACCAGAAUCUUCCAAUGGUGAGGGUCUUCAGCGUACGAAGGUCACGUUUUUUAUGUCUCCUAAUAUAAUGACAGUAGAAAAUCUGAAUGACCAGAAAGUAAAUGCAGAUACCAGUAGCUCAGGCUCUAAAAGCACACAAUUCCAAAUACCACAGACAGUAUUCUAUGGUCAAAAUACACCACUGGUACUGCAUUCAGUGUCCAGGAGGCAACAACCAGAAUUAGAGAAACCUUACUGGCAAACACAACUCAAACGUGUACUUAACAGUGACCCUAAAAAUGAGCCAACAAUGAGUAACAAACCUGAAAACCUUUCUUCCAUAGUUAUAGACAAUGAGGUUUUAAACAAUUCUAAGCACCGUUUAGAAGAGUCCAAAAAGGAGGAAACCACCAAAGAAAUAACACUUACUAAAAGCCAUAACAAGACCAUAGCAUCCUUCACUCAGACUAUCCGUAUAACUUUACCAUCUUCUGUCAAGAACACUGUGAGGGACUAUUUCAAGUACAGCAGCCCUAAGUCUACUUCUCAAGCAGUGAGUGUGGAAAGCAAACUGGCCCAGAAUAAAACUGAAAGCUGUAACUCACUGGUUCAAGAUGAGACCAAGAAGACAAAGGAACAGAGUUGUUUCGUAGAAGAAUCAUUUGUAUAAAAAUGGGCAGCGAAAAUGAUUUUAUUUUUUUGUAUCAAAUGCAAAAUGAUGCUGCGAAUGUAAAUGCUAUACAAAGUUUAAGAUGUUAACAGUUUAGUAUUACAAAGCUUUGGAUCAAGUAAAAAGUUUAUUUUGUAUAUUUUCACAGUUUUGAGUGAAAUUUUAUAAUGUGCAACCAGGUGACUGCUCUGUAAGUUCUUCUUAAGUUUAAGUGGGGAAUCUUUUUUUUAUAACCCCCUUUCAUACACUAACAUACUGUAGUGCCCAGCUCCUCUCCAAAACCAGCUGAGAAACUAGUGAAAAGGACCACAUGCUGAAAAUGUUUUUACAAACUAUAUUAUUUAUAGCUUACCUGACUGAGGAGAUCAAGCAUUCUCCUAUGUUUGACACAAUGUUCAAAAUGUUUGCAUGGUUGUGUAUGUGCAUACAGUAUAAUAGAAUGACUCGUACUGAUAAACAGAACAUAUGUUUACAUAUACUGUAGGUUUCCUACAGACUCGUUUGCUAACACUGCAUUUACCAAUCAGCCAUGAGAUGUUACCUGUUUAAUGCAGUUAGACAAUGAAAGCAAGUGUUUAAUUUGUUUACUGCAAAUACCUUAAUGUAUUGUCUUGUUUUCAGAAAAAUAGGUAAAAAAAACAGUAUUUAUUAAUUCAAUGUAAUCAUAACAGAUCAAAAAGUAUGUACCAGUGAGAAAGAAUAAAUGUACAUUGACAUAUCGUCCGGGCAGUGUAGUGUAUGAAGAGACAGGAAUGGUUUAUAGCAGGGGUGGGAAACCUGUGGCCCUCCAGCUGUUAUUGAACUACACAUCCCAGCAUACCCUGCAAUAGUUUUAGCAUAGCCAAAUAACAAAACUGUAGCAGGGCAUGCUGGUAUGUGUAGUUCAACAACAGCUGGAGGGCCAAAGGUUCCCCACCCAUGGUUUCUAGCUUAUGGUUGUUGUAAGAAAGAUUAAAAACUCUGGUGUGAAGGACACACUGUACCCCUGUAGUGUACUUCUGGUGGGUCUGGGACAUGUAGUUCUAUAAAAGGUGAAUUUACUGUACAUGGCUGUCAAGAAGCAUAGCUGAAAUAAAUCUCAGAAUGAAAUCCACAA